UGACUCGAAAUCAGUUGCUUCGGAAAGCUCAAUCAAACAGGCUUAUCGGGAUAAGGUCGCCCGCGGUAUGAAACUCGCGGGCCACGUUCCCUUCGGAUUACUUCGCUGCCCUUUCGCGUUUCUGCCCUAAGCUGCUUCGGCUUCUUCGGCGAUCUCCCGGAGCCCUAACAGCUUCUUCGGCUUCUUCGGCUUCUUCGGCUUCUUCGGCUUCUUCGGCGACCUUCCAGGUAAAAAAUGGAUUCUAACAGGCGCCAGGGAGGGAUUCAACAACUAUUAGCUGCAGAACAAGAAGCCCAGCAAAUUGUCAAUGCUGCUAGGAACGCAAAAACGGCGAGGCUGAAGCAGGCGAAAGAAGAGGCGGAGAAAGAGGCUGCUGAGUUUCGUGCCCAGCUGGAGGCUGAAUUUCAGAAGAAACUCGCAGAGAGCAGUGGUGAUAGUGGGGCAAACGUGAAGCGGCUGGAAGCGGAGACUGAGGCCAAAAUCCAACGCCUCAACAACGAAUCUGAAAGGAUUUCUGCUGAUGUCGUCCAAAUGCUUCUCAGGCAUGUCACCAAGGUCAAGAAUUAGCUAAAAAUAGUAAGUACUGGACUCUCUUCUGCCUUGUGCUUGUUUUUUUUUCUGGAUUUUAGCUGCUUUGUUGUUCUUGUUUCUGACUUAAAAUGGCUUAUGUAUUGUUGUAUUAUGUGUGCAUUGUUGUAUUAUGUAUGUAAGUUGUUGUGGCACUAUGACAAUUAGGAGUAAAUGGUGGCAUAACCUAUUAGAUAUUUUAAAUGGAAGCUAUUAAUAAUUCCGGAGUUUUCA